AUUCCACUUAUGUCCCUAUAAUUUCCCCUUUAUUUUCAGGUCAUGCCCCUGCCCGGAAAAGGACAAAACGCGUAUGUAGCUCUUCUCUCAAUAGACAAUCAAAAUCAACCCCAUUCCCAAAUUAUUUCUACGCCCAACUAUUCAUCUUCUUCUACUCUUAAUUCACCAUCCAUCAAUCUCACCUGCAUCUACUCUCAAAAUCUAUUUAUCCGAAUUUCAAAACAAAACAGACCCUUUUGCUCAAUUCUGAUUCUCAAAAAAUUGAGGACUUUCAUUUGCUGAUCCAAAAUACGAAAAUCAGAUUUAUUUUCUGUCAGAAACCCUAACUUUGCUCCUAUGUAAUCACUAAAUCAGUUAUCUAUCCAGUCAAAAUUGCUCAGGGGAAGCCAAUUGUUUUGGAUAAGAAGAGUUCAGGAGCAGUUUCCAUUAACAACUUACAGAGAGGAGCUACAAGGCAACAGGGACAAAGUAGUUGGUUGGAUUAUAUUUUAUGCAUUUUGGGUUAUCUUAACAUCGUUGUACAAGUUUUCUCAGGAAACAAAAUUUGCUAUGGAUAGCCAUGUUAGCUUGAGGCGCCGUAAGCGAAGAAAUGAAGCUAUCUUAUCCAGUAUGUCGUCAGGAGUUGCUCAGACUGAUAACCCGAGCUCUUCAAGCGUAAACAGUUACGGUGUGCCUGAUUGUGAAUGUCCUUAUUGUGGAGCUAUCUUUUGGCGUAGCGAAGCUAUUAAAAAAUCAAUUAAUAGACCUCAACCUGAAUUUACCGCAUGCUGUAAAAAUGGCUUGGUAUCUUUGCCACUUCAAAAAAAACCACCCCAAUUCUUGGAUUUCUUACUUAAUGACAAUGAUUUUGUUGAAACACGAAAGUUUAGGGAAGGUAUACGUAUUUAUAAUGCUAUGUUUGCAUUCACUUCUGCAGGAGGUAGAAUUGAUUAUGACAUUAAUAAAAAUCCUGGGCCUUAUGUGUUUCGUAUAAGCGGUCAAAAUCAUCAUGUAAUGGGUUCUUUGUUACCAAAUGAAGGAGAAAAGCCAAAAUUUGCUCAAUUAUACGUUUUUGACACUGAAAAUGAAAUGAACAAUAGAAUUUCUUGCAUGAAUAAAAAUAAUUGUUCAAAGCCAAUUGAUCAAAAUAUUGUUGAAAAUCUUAUUCAAAUGUUCGAUUCACACAAUGAAGUUGCUAAAUCUUUUAGAAUGGCACGAGAUAGAUUUACAGAGGAUAAUAUGUUGCCGAUACAGUUAAAAUUAAUUGGUAGGCGAGAAAUUGAUGGCAACCAGUACAAUGCGCCUUCUGCAAAUGAAAUUGCUGGACUUUUGGUCGGUGAUUUUGGUUACUAUGAUAAAAAUAGAGACAUAGUUGUUGAAUAUAGAACUGGAACAUUAAAAAGGAUAAGUCCUUUGCACCCAAGCUUCAUGGCCAUGCAAUUUCCAAUUUUAUUUCCAUACGGUGAAAAUGGCUACAUGAUAGACAUACUUUAUGCAAAUGUUGGCCAAAAUAAAAGAAUUAAGCGACAAUUUAUUACAAUGCGUGAAUACUAUGCUUAUUUAAUUCAGCAACGUAUUAGAGAUGAAUCUGCUCUUCUUAGAGGCGGUCGGUUGUUUCAGCAAUUUAUUGUUGAUGCAUUUACAUGUAUAGAGCAAGAAAGAUUAGACUUUAUAAAAAGAAAUCAAAAAUCACUCCGAUCAGAAAUAUAUACUGGAAUACGCGAUGCUUUUUACCGCGGAGAUAUGGAUAGUAACAACAUAGGCAAACGUAUAUUGUUACCUGCAUCUUACACUGGCAGUCCGAGAUAUAUGAUGGAACAUUAUCACGAUGCAAUGACAAUAUGUAGAUUUUAUGGGCAUCCAGAUUUAUUUAUAACAUUUACAUGUAAUCCUCAAUGGGUAGAAAUAAAGCAAAUGUUGAAUGUCAUUUGCGGUCAAAAAGCGGAAGAUCGUCCUGAUAUUGUAUCAAGAGUUUUUAAAAUUAAGGUAAAUAAAUUAACUGACAGUAUUAAAAAAGGAACAUAUUUUGGACCAAUUUCUGCAUUUUUGUAUACAAUUGAAUUUCAGAAAAGAGGAUUGCCUCAUGUGCACUGCUUGGUAUGGUUGGACCGAUUACAAAAACCAUUAACCACAAAUGAGAUUGACAAUAUUAUAUGUGCAGAAUUUCCAAAUAAAGAAAAAGAUCCAACGUGCUAUGCAUUAGUUUCUAAAUUCAUGAUACAUGGGCCAUGUGGUGACCUUAAUUUAAAAUCUCCUUGCAUGAGAAAUGGUCGCUGUUCUAAAUAUUAUCCAAAAAAAUUUAAUAUUGACACCUUUAUGGAUGACAAAGGAUUUGCUACAUAUAGACGCAGGGAUGAUGGAAAUUACAUAGAAAAAAACGGCAUUAAAAUAGAUAAUCGCUUUAUUGUGCCGUACAAUAAAAAAAUGAUAAUGGAUUUUGAAGCACAUUUGAAUGUUGAAUUUUGUUGCUAUUCUUCUCUGAUUAAAUAUUUGUUUAAAUAUAUCAGUAAGGGCUCUGAUAGAAUACGUGCUGUUAUUGAGUCGAGCAAUACAAAUGAUCCAACUACAACCGAAGCAAGUGUUGAGCAUGAUGAGAUAAAAAGUUAUAUUGAUUGUCGUUAUAUUUCGCCUUGCGAAGCUGCUUGGACAAUUUUUGAGUUUCCAAUUCAUCAUCGAGAACCAGCAGUUGAGCGUUUAGUUGUGCAUUUGCCAAACAUGAAUUCUGUUUGUUUUACUGAAAAUGUCAACAUAAAUCAAUUGUACAACAAUGAUAAUAUAAGGAAAACCAUGUUAACGGAGUGGAUGAAAACAAAUAUAGCUUUUGAAGAAGCACGCUUUUUAACAUACUCGGAAUUUCCUACUCAAUGGACUUGGGAUCCACAAGAUAAAGAAUGGCAUAAACGAAAGCAAGGAAAAAGUAUUGGACGAAUAUCAUAUGUUCAUCCUAAUUCCGGCGAGCUUUACUAUUUUCGAAUGUUGCUUAAUAUUGUGAAAGGUCCACAAAGUUUUGAAGAUGUUAGAACAUUUGAUGGCGUGCAGUACCCGACAUUUCAAUCAACAUGUAUGGCUUAUGGCCUAUUAGGUAAUGAUAAAGAAUGGGUUCAAGUUUUAGAAGAAACAUUAUUAUGGGCAACUUCUAAACAAUUGAGGCGUCUUUUUAUUAUUCUGCUUGUGUUUUGCGAAGUUGGCGAUCCUAAUAAGUUAUUCAAUAUGUUUUGGAAACAUUUUUCUGAUGACAUAGAAUAUAAUUUGAGGAGAGAUUUUGGUCUUCCUAAUUUAUUUAUCACAGACGAUCGGUUGAAAAAUUUGGUUUUAAUUGACUUAGAAAGAUUAAUAAAUCGCAAUGGAUAUUCAUUAUCGGACUAUAAUUUGCCUAUGCCCAACGAAUCGGUGAUGCAUGAUUCGACCAAUAGACUAUUAGUUGAGGAAUUGUCUUUUGAUUUGUUAGAAAUGAAAACAAAGCAUGACAAGAUGCUUACAACGCUCAAUCAUGAACAAAAAAAUAUUUAUGAUGCUGUUGUUAGUUCAGUCUAUCUUGGCCUUGGCAAUCAAUUUUUUAUUUAUGGACAUGGUGGUACAGGUAAAACCUAUUUAUAUGAAACUAUAAUUUAUAGAUUCCGAUCGGAAGGUAAAAUAGUAUUGGUUGUUGCGUCUUCAGGUAUAUCAGCAUUGUUAUUGCCAGGUGGUCGUACUGCUCAUUCUCGAUUUAAAAUACCUAUAAAUUUAAGUGAGCGUUCAACUUGUGAAAUAAAAAAAGGAACACAGUUAGCAGAAUUGAUAAAAGAGGCUAUUCUAAUUAUAUGGGAUGAAGCACCCAUGAAUCACCGACAUUGUUUUGAAACUGUAGACAGGUCAAUGCGUGAUAUUUUAUCUUCAUCUUCUGAUGACAAAAGAGAUUUGCCUUUUGGAGGAAAAACGAUGCUAUUGGGUGGUGAUUUUAGACAAAUUUUGCCAGUUGUUCCACAAGGUAUGAAAGAGGAUAUAUUAGAUGCUUCUAUAACGAGGUCAUAUGUUUGGAACUAUUUUAAAGUUUGCAAACUAAAUGUAAAUAUGAGGAUAAGUGAACAUGUGUCCCAAAAUUUUAAUCAUACGCAUUUAUCAUUUUCUGAAUGGUUAUUAUCCAUCGGAGAUGGAAAAUUAGGAAAUAAACAAAUUAAAAUAUUUGAUGAGGAAAGUAAUUAG